UCCGAUAACUCUAAGGCCCUUCACACGGGCCCAUUUUGUUUUGCAGUCGAGUAAUGUAUACAAAAUAAGCGGCGGCUGUAAUAUUUGUUGUUAUUUUAAUGAAACUGCAUUUGAAAUGAGUAUUAACGUGGUUGCGAACAUGGAGGAGAAGCCUACCAGCGACGAAUUACCGUAUUUCCCGGAAAAUUUUCCGGGAAAGGUGUGCUGUUUAUGCAACCUCGGUGAGAAAAGUGCCUUGGGCCAGGGAGCUAUUCUGCAGCUGAAGGCGCCAGCGCCUAAUGACCUGAAGGAAAAGUAUCCAACUGACCGGCUGAAGGAGGACGGAUGCAGGCCAUUCUAUGGCACCAAGCAGACGCCAGCCAGCACAAGCGAUUGCAAUUAUGAGCUGGACAAGAUUGGUCAGGCGGAGAUAGUGCAUCCCGCGGAAUUUCUGGACGAGGGUUUCAUUUACGUGCACCGUAUGUGCGUAAUGUGGUCGCUGCGUAAGAGCCAGAUAACCGACGCGGAUGCAGCGUACUUUGCUAGUCACUUUGCCGAGUUUUUGGAACAAAAGUGCAACUUCUGCGGUCGCUAUGGUGCCUCUAUUAACUGCAAGAUGAAAUGCCGACAGGUGCACCAUUGGCCAUGUGCGGCGGCCGCAGGCUGCCUCCUAAUCCUGGAGAGCUUUACGGUCUUCUGUACGGAACAUUUAAGUCAAGUGAUUUUAAUAUGCAGCGACAACAAUGUAGAGUGCCUGACGUGUUCUUCGCUGGGGGACUUGUCCAAGCUGAUUAUGUGUAGUACCUGUGGAGACCAUUUCCAUUCCACCUGUGUUGGUCUGGCCAACUUGCCAGACACCCGUUCUGGCUGGAACUGCGCGCGCUGCACCAAAUGCCAGAUCUGUAGAGUACAGGACUCUAAUGACCUGAAAUAUGUAAAGUGUGAGCAGUGCCAGAAGAUAUAUCAUGCUUCGUGCUUGCGACCUGUGAUUUCAGCUAUUCCCAAAUACGGAUGGAAGUGCAAUCGGUGUCGCGUCUGCACGGAUUGUGGAUCACGAACGCCUGGUGGUGGAAGCUCUUCGCGCUGGCACAGCCACUACACAAUCUGCGAUUCGUGCUAUCAGCAGCGCAACAAGGGAUUUUCCUGCCCCAUUUGCCAAAAAGCCUAUAGAGCAGCGUCCCACAAGGAAAUGGUCAAGUGCAGCUGGUGUAACAAAUUCGUGCACAGUACGUGUGAUGAAGAGGCGGAUUUGACGGCCUAUCACAAGAAGAAGGAACUCAAUCCUGACUACGAUUACGUCUGUCCAAACUGCAAGAGCAGUCCGGCGGGUCCAGGCCAGUCUCAACAAGCCAUAGACUCCAUCGUAUUGUCUGGAAUGGACUCUGGAUCCGACCAACUAAGUCUAAAGGACAUUGAGAUUGAUCCACUGGAAGGAAAGCCCAACAUCGAUGCAUCUAUGGACGAUUUUCAGAAAUUCUCAGUUGGGAAAAAGAAGGUCUGCUUUCCGAGUACUCGGGGCAAGAGCGGAAAGUUUGUGCUGCAGCGCAUGGGAGUGAUGUCGCAAAUCAACAAAAAGCGCAGCACACGCGGAAAGGGACGCCAGUUGGCGCUGCCCAGCAUUUCAAGCGAUCGAUGCCCCAAUCGCAACAUGGACACCGACCUGACAAGCGAUAAAAAGAUGCUGUUGUGCUCGGCUCGCGACAAGUAUAUAUUGACCCAAGACAUCUGUGUAAUGUGCGGUUCUUUAGGCAUUGAGAGCGACUCGGCGAUGAUCACAUGUGCCCAGUGUGGACAGUGCUACCAUCCGUACUGUGCCGGCGUGAAACCGUCUCGGGGCAUCCUCCAGAAGGGAUGGCGAUGUCUGGACUGCACGGUGUGCGAGGGAUGUGGAAAGAAAAAUGACGAGGCGCGUCUUCUACUGUGCGACGAAUGCGACAUUUCCUACCACAUCUACUGCGUGAAUCCUCCGCUCGAAACAGUGCCCACUGGCAACUGGAAAUGCUCCUUCUGCACGCUGUGCCAGAAGUGUGGGCGCAAUCCCACCGAGAAGAGUGAGUUUGGCGACUCCAACAUGCCCGAGUGUCCGCCGUGUGCCAGCCAAUCCGCGUGCAAUGUGUGCAAGAGUGCGUACGCCAACGGCGAGAUGAUUAUCCAAUGUGAGCACUGUGAACUCUGGUCGCACUUCCUCUGCGACACUGUCAACGCCCAGUUAACCAUCGACCACUACGACAGCAACAUAUACAAGUGCCUGAAAUGUCGCAGUGCGUCGAAGAGUCUGUUGUCUCUGAUGGAGUCCAAGCAUGGGGAUGCUCUUGGCUCCGGUCUGCAGGCGCACUUAAGCAAGACAUCUUUAAACGCCACACUGGCGGGAUCAGGAUUGGACGUAAAAGGUCUCCCCGAUAGAAACAAUAUGACUUUGGCCAGUGAAAUGUCUGAGGUUGCCCCCGAAGCUCUGCACUGGAUCGAUGGCGUUUGCCUGAGUGAGAGCGGACUGGGCAUGAUCAAGUCCCUCUCCACGGAGAUCAAGCGGAAGCGGAAGAUGCGACAAACCAUGGGCAAUGGCAAGGAUGGGCAGGCGGAAGCGGCGGAGGAGGCGCAAAGUGAAAAAUACAAAGACGGAAUGGUAUGGGAUGGUACGGAGAACGCCAUUCCCGAGGGCUUCACCAUCUCCACCAAUGACGAGGGUGUGCACAUCCUCCGCAAAAAGCGCCAGCGUAACUUGCAAAAACUUGGCAUCGGCGGGUUUUCUGUACGGAAUCGUGGCCUGAAAAAGGAUAGUGAAGAAGCUGCGGCAGCCGAUCAGUUGAAUGCCCUCAUGAUCAUGGACAAAAAGAAGAAAAUCAUUCGGAAAAAGCAAAAGAACAAACUGAUUGAAGCGUAUCCCGUGUACCUGCAAGAGGCCUUCUUUGGGAAGCCACUGUUGGAAUGUGGCGAAGUGGUCAUGGCCGAGUCAGAUUCUUCCGAUGAAAUCGACGCCUCCAUGAAAAUGUACUUUACGCGACCUGAAGGCAAGGGCCCCGAAGUAGAAACCCCGCCUGUUACCAAGAGUCCGGCAAAAACACUUAAGAAAGUGAAGGCCGAGAAGAUUGUUCCCGAAAACAAGACCAUUUUCAUCGAGCAAAUGUCAAUGGGAAUCCAGCAAAAGCCACCAAUGACGCCUACUGCCAAUGUUUUUGAUCCCUCACUUACUGAAAUGACAACUGUGCUGACCAACAGGCAUCCCCUUGACACCCUAACUUCGCCCAACAUUGCCGAGCUGGACGGAACAAACUCUGUCAACAUGGUGGCGCCCGCUGAGAUCUUAGAGAAGCCUAUGCGAGAAUCACCUGUUGUCCUGGUAGACAACUACAUGGUGCCGCAACAACAACUGCCACAGGAUCAGAAGUUCCCCAGCCAAAUGUAUUUGCCAGGAAACAUGACAGUGAAUCCUCCGCAGAUGAAUCCACCACAGCAACUUCACUUCCAUCAGCCAUCGGACUUGAAUUUGAACGCACAAAAUGCCAAUAAGCCGAAAAUGCAGGGCAUGAUGGGUCAGGUCAUCAUGCAGACUGACAAGAGGCCAGAUGAAGAGGUUAAAGUGGCCGAGCCAGCAACCGAGAAUCUAAACGCUGGUACCCAAAAAACUGCUGAGAAAAUGCGCAAAGAUGAGGAUCUUGGACCCAUGGCUACCAUUUCGGCAGUGUUGUACGCCAAUACGGAGCAUCCGAACCUAAAGGAACUCUUCCCGAACUGGAACGAUCGCUGCAAACAGAUCUUGAAGCGAUGGCGCUCGCUGUGCAAUGACAAGAAGGCCCCAUUCCUGCAAAAAGCUAAGGACAAUAGGUCGGCACUGCGACAGAGGCGGGAGCAGAACAAAAUUCCAAUGCCACCGAAGCCACAAAAGCAGGAGGAAAUGGGAAGAGUGUGGAAGCAGCAGCCCAAACUAAAAGAGGACCAGUCCAACAUGUUUGUCACAUUCAAUGGAAAUGCCUACGAGAUGGCCACCUAUGUUAGUAGCCCGGCACAGCCAACCACCCCGCAUCAGAUAAUGACAAACGUAAAUGAGAAUCUGGUGAUUAAGGCCACCAUGCAGAGGACCACUGUGCAGGCCACUACCCCGAACACCAUGAAAAUGGCCACUGUUGAUAAUCGACUAGAAUUAAAUUCGGUUUACGGCGCCGAACCGAUUGGGGAUAAAAAAUUAAGGAACCUACUGCAAAAGAACAGUACGGAACCGAUGUUAAUGGGCAACAACUCUGAUAUAUUCCUACAGAAUGAUGUCCUGCGAAUGGGCAUGAUGCAGAAUACGCCGAUAACGCAGAACAAUCCAAUGAUGAGCAUAAGCGGCAAAUCUCAGCCAUCGGAAGGCAGGACCUUGGAGCAAGAGGUUAAGAUGGGCGAGCCCCAGGAAAGCGCUGCUUCUGCUGUCGAACUGGAGAAUGUUGGAUUUAGUGAUCUGCUUGGUGGGCUCGGGGAAGGGGACGACGAUGAUCUCCUGAAGUCGCUUACCUCCGAGAUGGGAGACGAUUUUAAUAUUCUAGAAUACGCGGACCCAGAAUUAGACGUAAAUGUUCUCAACUCAUUAGAUUUUGAUGACAAUGAAAAGUGUUCGGCAUAGGAAAUAGAACUAACUGUCCAACAUAAAUAAAAAUAAAAAGAAAUGCAAUAUUUAA